AUGGUGACUUGGAGGUUCGAGCGCAUCUGUCAAUUCAUCGACUCCAUUCGCAAGGAACAUCCGGAAGUAAUGCAAUUCGCCACGGAUGUUAUGAUGCUGGAGAUCGCAAGCCUGGGUGCUCUGCGCUGCUCUAUGCCUAUGGAUACAUUCUAA